AAUGGCAAAUAGGUUCUUUCGUUUGCCUUCACAUCCUAUAGCCUGUUUUCACAUGCUUUUGUAGCUAAAGACAAAAACCCGAUUCUCUCAGAAAAACAAUGACCAGUUGGCAAAAAAAGAAAGAAAAAAGUUCCUGGUGUGAAACAGAAUGUGCAGCUCAGACCCGGCGCCCUCAAGGAUCCCAUCUUGCAGGUCGAGUUCUGCAGCUGGACUUGGGCUUGGGUUUGGGAAGUUCCCCGCCUUCAUGGGGAUCCGCUGGCCCCUCCCACCGGCUGAAACGCGAUCCGAGUUGUAGCAGAGCCGGAAGCUGGCCGGCAGCCUGCCUCCUUCCCAAGAUGGCAGUUCCCGGGACGCACCGGGGGGCCCUCCUGCUGCUGCUGCGCCUCGGCCUGGUGGCGGGUUAUCCCAGCGGCAGAGUGACGGAGUCCUGCGGGGACAUGGUCCCCAGACACGGCCACGCCCCGCUCCCCGACCCCGUCCACAGCGUGACAGUGGCCCGGACGACAUUCACGCCGGGAGACCAGAUCGAAGUUGCUGUGUCGGGGCCGGAGUUUAAGGGCUUUCUCAUCGAGGCCCGGGAUGCUGAGGAUCCGAGCGGCGCUCCCGUGGGCUCCUUCACGCUGAUUGACAGCCAGGAGUCCCAGCUUCUGACUUGCGGAGAGAAGCAGGGGUCAGCGGUGAGCCACACCAAUGCGCACAAGAAGACAGAAGUGAGAGUCUACUGGGACGCCCCCGACAGCGCCCCCAACCACGUGCAGUUCCUGGGGCGCUACUGGGGCGAUAGCACCGCCUGCUUCAGCGCCUCGGGCUGUGGGAGCAAGAAGUUCUUGCGGAGCCCCUCGGCCUGCGACCCAGAGAAGGAGGGCACCUGCCUCUUCCUGUCCUUCACGCGGGAUGACCAGUCGGUGACGGUGGAGAUGAGCGGCCCCAGCAAAGGCUACCUGUCCUUCGCGCUUUCCCACGACCGGUGGAUGGGCGACGAUGACGCUUACCUGUGUAUUCAUGAGGACCAGACCGUGAGCAUCCGACCCGCCCACCUGAUGGGGCGGAGCCACCCGGCCCUGGACUCCUGGGACGCCCUCGAGGACAUGGCCUGGAGGUUGGAGGAUGGCGGGAUGCAAUGUUCUUUCAGAAGAAACAUCACCCUUCCUGGCGUUAAGAAUAGAUUUGACCUAAACACAAGCUACUACAUAUUUCUAGCAACUGGUGCAGCCAAGGAUGGUCGAAUUUAUAGACACUCCCAGCAGCCUCUGAUUACAUAUGAAAAACAUGCCGUGACAGGUGAUCCGCAGGACGUGGGAGCGUCUCGGGCCCCGCCCCUGCUGCGGGCUCAUGGGGCCUUGAUGCUCGUGAGCUGGAUGACUACCGUCAGCGUGGGUGUCAUCGUUGCCCGGUUCUACAAGCCCGUUCUGUCCAGGCCUCUCUUCGGCGAAUCCGCCUGGUUCCAGGUGCAUCGGGCGCUCAUGCUAAUUACUUCCUCCCUCACCUGCAUUGCUUUCGUCCUGCCUUUCAUUUACCGAGGAGGCUGGAGUAGCGUAAGUACCUCUUACACUGGGUGCUUUUUGGACACGUGUCCUCUGCUACAACCCGUACACACAGUGACCUCUCUUGGUGGCGACUGCAUGGACAUACACACGUGGCUCUGUCUCCCUCUGCACGCAGUGGCGGCGAUGUUCCUGGGGAUGGAUUUGCCGGGCCUGGCCCUUCCCGGCCCGUGGAAGACCUACACGAUGCUGGGGUUUGUCGCCUGGCACGUGGGGGCGGAGAUCGUGCUGGAGGUCCACUCGUACCGCCUCUCGCGCAAAGUUGAAAUACUGGAUGACACUAGAAUUCAGAUUAUGCAGACCUUUACCAUGGCUGAGGCAGAAGGCCACGGCUUUAAGAAGGCGGUGCUAGCCGUGUAUGUCUGUGGGAACCUGACUUUCCUCGUCAUAUUCCUGUCUGCCGUCAGCCGUCUCUGAGCCCGCCGCGGCCUUGCGGUGCCGGCCAGGUGACGGUCUCAUCGAGCCGAGGAACGCGAGGCCCGCGCCGCCUGCCGGGUGUGGGCAGGAAAUCCGAGUUGGAGACCAGGCCAUGCCCACGCGGGGUUCUGGCGGCUGGCCCUUAGGGUCCUGUGGACUGUGACGCGCCGUCCAGCCUUAGGUGCAGGUCCGAGUCUUAAAGGGAAGGUCGAGGAGAAGUGACCCUCGAAUAGUUCUCUUUUCUGCACCUUUUUAUUGAAUGUAUUGGGGUGACGCUGGUUCAUGAAAGGAUACAGGUUUCAGGUGAAUAACUCCACGCACAUCAUCUGUACGCUGUCCGGUGCGUUCACCACCCCAAGUCAGGUCUCCUUCCAUCACCAUUGAUCCCCCGUCUCCCCUCCCCCCCUCCCCCCAACCCCCUCCCAGUAUUUUUAUGCUGAGAUUUUAAGAAUGUUAGCAUUUAGGAAUGUAAACAAGAACUAUUUGGAAAAUAAAGGAUGACGUUAGGAUGGAAAGGGGAGAGAGGAACUAUAUUGGGGCUCCGGAAGUUCUGCGGGUCUUUUAAGACAACAUCUACAGGGUGUCCCCCAAAAUGAGUACACACUUUAACAGCUGAUAGCUCAAUUUUAAAAAUAGGAUGUAUUUUACUAAACACUGCCUUUAUAAUUAUUCAAAGUGUGUAUACAUUUUUGGGGGGACACCCUGUAUUUUUACUAGUUUAUCUCAAUGGUCUUUUUUCCUAGGGCUUUUUGGGAAACUGUAUUUUUCAGUCCUGUUUUGGGGACUCAUUCCUUGCUCUGUGUAUCUUGUUUCUUUGGUAAAGGUGGACAUGGGGCUGACCCCAUGGUAGGUUUUGUUGACAUUGAAACAUAUUACGGAUAUUAUAAUAUCUUCCCUAGCUGUGAAAUGUGAGUGUGCAUCUUCUGCUUAAAAACUGCCUUUAUAUAUUCAGCAACAGAGCUGAUGGCCUUUUAUAUGCUCCGUGUUUUGACAAUAAGAUUUGAAUCCGACAGCCUUUGGAGAUUGUAGACUCGAAUUUCAAAACGAAUAAAGCUCACCCAUGUGAACACAUCUAAGUUCCUCUCUUGCCGUGUGAGGGUUCUGCUCUGCUGGGAGCUCCUGGUGCUCUAAUGAGCUGGAAUCAUCCGUUAUCUUCCUUCCUGCUGCAAUCGUUUUCCUAUUUUGGGGCUGGGUUUUAUACCUGCCAUGAGGACUCCUAGCCAGUGGGGGGCGCCAUAUACCAGCUGUACCAAAGUACAGCUUGGUUCCUGCCUCCUUGGGCCAAGAUUCCUUUUCAGAACUUAGAUAACAUCAUGGAUGUAUUUUCCUUAAAAUCCACUGACUCGAUCUUCAUUUGAAAAAAAAUCCUGUCUUUUUUUUUGGGGGGAGGGUCGGUAUUUUGUGUCAGAAACUGAAAUUAAGUCCAUUGUUUCAUUUGAUUUUUUUUCUUCCCUGUGAUUAUUUGUAACAACAGUUUGAUAUUUCCCUUUACAGUCCUCUGACCCUGUGGCCGAUGAACACAGCGAUCUUGGGCACAGGACACAAGCACAGUGGACACUCUUAAAAUAAUAAGAGCGCAGGGCGCACAGUUCACUUCUGUAGCUGUUCUGAUUACGUUACCGGUUCUGGUUGGCCCGAGGCCCUGACUUCUAUCGGGUGUAAGGCAGCCCCAGCCAUGUAUCCGGUGCCUCUGACGGGUGAAGGGAUGGGGAGGUUUGCUUUUCUUCCUUUUAGUGGAGUUUAUCACAAGCAGCGUAGGGGUGAGAUGUGACUUUUCCCUAAGUGCCAGGCUACUUACAGCCUAACCCUUCCUUUUGCAUGUAAGUUUAAAAAUAAAUUUUUUAAGCCUAGAAAAUGAAAUGUACGCUAAACUGGUUCACCAGUUUUCACCUCUAAGGGGCUUAAAGCCUAGUGAAUUUCUCUCGGUCAGUUCUGUUCUGCAUGUGACAAGGAAGGAUUCGCUGAAGGGGAAGGGGGACCUCGUUGUGUUUGGUUUUCAGUCCGUGAACUUGCUGAUGUGCAUGUUCAGUUUUUCUUCUUCACGGAUUCAUCUGUGGGCGCUCUUUGGAUAUAGCAUUGAUCGAUUGAGAGUUGCCCAACGAAGUCUUUGUCAUUUAAUCUUAAUCGAUGAAACUUUUUCAGUAAUACCAAGUCAGGAUUCUUCUGCUAUGAAUGGUCAGAAGGAACUCUUACAACAGCAACAGCAUGGAGGGACCUGGAGGGUGUGAUGCUGAGCGAAAUAAGCCAGUCGGAGAAAGACAAGUGUCACAUGAUCCCACCCACAUGUGGAAUCUAAUGAACAAAAUACACUGAUGAACAAAAUAGAUCCAGAGACACAGAAGCAUGAACAGACGGAUGCAUUUCAGAGGGAAGGCGGGGGUGGGGUAGUGGGGGGAGAGUUUAACCGUGGAACUUGUAUGCGUAACAGCAAACAAAGUGGACAUCUGUCAUACUUCCAACAAUAAAGAUAAAUUUAAAAAAA